AUGCAUCCUGAAGUGUAUAAGGCCGUAAAGUUGGGGGACUUUGAUUCUCUGAAGAAAACAAUUUCAGGAGAAGACCUUUUCCAACAAACAAGUCCAAAGAAGAACAACAUUCUUCACAUUGCAGCUCAACACAAGCAGGUAUAUUUCAUUGAACAGCUUCUUCAAUGUCCAUCAGGACCAUCCCUUCUUUGGGAGUGUAACCACAAAGAAGACUUUCCCCUACACAUUGCUGCUAAAGUGGGAAGUUGCAAAACGGUUCAAGUCUUCAUUGAUCUAGUGAAAUCACUUGAUUGGGUUGUUGAAGACGGACAAGUUGAUGCAUGCAAAGAUCUACUUCGAAAGCCGAAUUUACAUAAGGAUACCGCACUGCACUAUGCAAUAAGAGGAGGCCAUGAUGAGAUGGUGAAGUUGUUGAUUGACAAGGAUCCUCAACUGUGUAAUAUUACCAAUUCUAGGGAUGAGUCCCCACUUUAUUUGGCAGCACAUCAAAGGCUUUCAAUUACCAUUAAGCUUAUUUUAGAUGCUUUCCCGUUGUCAUCCUCUCAUAAGGGCCCUAAAGGACUGACAGCUCUACAUGCCGCGGUGCACUACUCGCUGCCAAAUUGGUGGGAAAUCCUAGUGACGAGACCAGAAGUGAUCAAAGAAGGAGAUGACAUGGGGUGGACUCCUCUUCAUUAUGCUGCUUGCUUUGGCAAUGUUAAAGCAGUUGGACUACUCCUGAAACAGGAUACUUCUGUGGCAUAUGUCUUAGACAAAGAGGAGGAAUCGGCGCUUCACAUUGCAGCAUUUCGAGGCCAUGUCCCUAUCAUUGACAUGCUCGUUACAUCCUGUCCCGAUACUUGUGACAUGAUAAACACCAAAUGGCAAACGGCUCUUAAUGCAGCCGUUAUCGGAGGACAAGUCAGCCUCAGAAUUAUUGGAGUUUUACCUAUGUUGAUGAGAUCUCAUGGAUUCCCAGUUAUUCAUGACUGGGUUAUUAAACAUGUUAAGAAGAGAUUAGACACAAAAUUUGUUGGGAGUCAACCAGCUGGGUCUAUAACCACAGGAAAUAAUACAGCCAAUCGAGAAAAUUCCGAGUCAAUAAAAAGCAUUGUUGACUCUCAACUACUAGUGGCAGCGUUCGUAGCCACAGUGACCUUUGCCGCGACCUUCACGAUGCCCGGAGGUUACAACAAUGACGGACCUAACCAAGGAAUGGCGACUCUUGCUGGCAAGUGGAUUGGUUUUGCGUUCCUUUUCUCCGUCAUGGCAAUAUUCUUACAUUAUGCAAGUUUAACGUUCCGCUAUGGUCAAGAGCCGAAAUAUAUCCCCACCGUGGAAGGUCGCAUUCAAAUUGCGAUGCUCGGGCUGUUCGUAGCCUUUUAUGUGGGGCUGAAUCUGGCACGGGAGAGGCUCCCCGAGAGUAUCGAGGAAGGAGUCCGUGUUUGUGUUGCGUAUGGAUUUCUCUUUGCUGUGUGCUUCUCAUAUGAAUUAUCUGACCCCGAGGCUCAUUCGUGGCUGCUACGUAGGUGUCCCUUUGGAUAUAUGCGAAAGUUCUUGCUUGAUUGCGGGAUACACUGUAUCUUUUUUGAUUUCCCUGACCCCGAGGCUCCAUUCUGGUCGCUAGGGAAUCUAAUUAGUUGA